AUGAGUUCAGCUUCAAUUGCAUACUUAGAUGACAACACCAGUUGGAAAUCUUUUAAGUUAGACUCCAGAUUAAACCAAGCCAUUGAACAUUUAGGGUUCAAGAAUCCUACUUUAGUUCAAUCACAUACCAUUCCAUUAGCAUUAGAUGAGAAAAGAGAUAUCAUCGCCAAAGCUUCAACUGGUUCAGGAAAAACUGCAGCUUAUUGUAUACCUAUUUUACAAACAAUUUUAGCUAACGAAAUCACCAAUGAAGUCCAAAGUAUAAUAUUAGUACCUACCAGGGAAUUAUCUAACCAAGUAUAUGAAUUUUUAACUAAAUUAUUGAUUUACUGCAACAAUAAAAUUAAUGUUGUCAACUUAUCCAAUAACUUAAGUGAUCAAAUUUUAAACAGUUUAUUGGUAAAUCAACCAGAAAUCAUCAUAACCACCCCUUCUAAGUUGGUAACAGUUUCCGAGAAAAAUCCUAAUUUGAACUUAUCAACUGUCAAAAAUUUAACUAUUGAUGAGAUCGAUUUAAUGUUGAGUUAUGGAUACAAGGAAGAUAUCAUGAAGUUAGGUAAAGUGUUACCAAUCAAAGAGAACUUACAAACCUUCUUAAUGUCAGCCACUUUAAAUGAAGAAUUGAAUGAUAUCAAAAACCAAUUUUGUUCUAAACCAGCCAUUUUGAAGUUAAGUGAUGAAGCCAGUACUAAUAUGAAUUUAGUGCAAUAUUAUUGUAAGACCACCGAAUUCGAUAAGUUUUUGUUAAGUUAUGUUAUCUUCAAAUUGAACUUAAUCAAGGGAAAAAGUUUAAUAUUUGUCAACAAUAUCGAUAGAGGUUAUAGAUUGAAAUUGUUCUUGGAACAAUUCGGUAUAAGAAGUUGUAUUUUGAAUAGUGAAUUACCUGUAAAUUCCAGAUUGAACAUUGUAGAACAAUUUAACAAGAAUGUUUAUAAUUUAUUGAUUGCAACUGAUGAAACUAAUGAACAACCAGAUGAAGAUAAUGACGUUGAAGAAGAAGAAGAAACCAAAUCAUCCAAAAAAGGUAAAAGUAAAAUAAAGAAAGAUAAAGAAUAUGGAGUCUCAAGAGGUGUAGAUUUCAAAAAUGUAGCAUGUGUAUUAAAUUUUGAUUUACCUACUUCAUCAACUAGUUAUAUUCAUAGAAUUGGAAGGACAGCCAGAGCUGGGAAAUCAGGUAUGUCAUUAUCUUUUGUAAUACCAAAAGAAGAAGUUGGUAAACAUAAAGUCGCUUCAUUGACCUCAUCUAAAAGAGAUGAAAAGGUAUUAAGUAGAAUCAUCAAACAACAAUCUAAGAACGGAUUUGAAUUGAAACCUUAUCAAUUUAAUAUCAAACAAGUUGAAGGUUUCAGAUACAGAUCAGAAGACGCUUUCAGAGCUGUUACUCAAAUUGCCAUCAGAGAAGCAAGAAUCAAAGAAUUGAAACAAGAAUUAAUCAAUUCUGAAAAAUUGAAAACUUUCUUCGAAGAGAAUCCUCAAGAUUUAACCAGUUUAAGACACGAUAAAGAAUUACAUCCCGCAAGAGUUCAAUCUCAAUUGAAGAGAGUUCCUGAGUAUUUAUUACCUGAAAGUGCAAGAAGUGAUCCUAAGAAGAUUGGAUUCGUUCCAUUCCAUAAAAAUAAAGUUAGAAAGGGUAAGAAGAGAGGUAAAAAGAAUGAUCCUUUAAAAUCAUUGAAAAUGAAUAAAUAA